AUGGGGCCUCAAUCCUCAUAUUCAGAAGGUCCUCUCACCACAGUGGUGGAAAAGAUAGUCACUUAUGCAGCAGCAGUAUGGGCUCACCCAAUGCAAAGCAGGAAAAUUAAACACCUUUCUACCAUUCAAAGACCUUUGCAUUGGGUAUCACUAGAGCCUACCGCACGACGUCUUCAGACGCGAUCAACGUGCUGGCUGGCCUUCUUUCCCCUACACAUCCGUGUCGAAGAGGAGGCAGCAAGACAAAUCGUCCUGCAGCUUAAAAGACCUGUCACCUUUGAGGAAGAAUAUUUUAAUCCAGAGGACUAUGAAGCUAAAUGCUGCCCUCUGAAAAUCCAUCCAGCAGCCAAAGGCACCGGAAUAAGCAUAAUUACCAAUCCAACUACGGCCCACCGUCCAGCACAGAUUACCAUCUUCACUGACGGGUCGAAGAUAGACGAAAACGUGGGAAGUGCCUAUGUGGUCAUGCUGCAAGAUACAGUCAUAGAUCAAUGGAAGGGUCAACUAAGGCAAUUUAAUAGCGUUUUUCAGGGAGAAGCAGUGGCAAUUGCGCAAGCAAUCCGCUACCUGCAAUCCCACCACUCCCGCAACGCUACAAUAAAGACAGACAGUCUUUCUUCGCUAUACGCAAUAGGAAACCCUGACCACCCAUCCGAUAUUAUUCAGGGAAUACAGGAAGAUCUGCGAAAAAAUUCCCAACUCCAUACAAGACUUGAAUGGAUCAAAGCGCAUGCCGGCCACCACGGCAAUGAGUUGGCUGACCAUCUAGCCAAAGAAGCUGCCACAGGAGCAACAACAUCUCAACAAAUCAACAUCCCAUGGCCAGUGUCUUACCUGAAAAGAACAUUGCGCUUAAAGGCAAUCGGGAAAUGGCAGCAGACAUGGGAUAACAGCGAUACCGGCCGACGGACUUAUUACCAUGUCAGCUACGUGGACACUACCAAAAAUUUUGCAAACAUGCAAUUG